AAGUAGGAUUUGGCAACGCCUAUUUGGUCAUCUAAGUGAACAUUCAGUAAAACGUAAAAAUGGCUUCCAUGGCUGCGCAACUGCUCGAUGAGUUAAUGGGAAGGAAUCGAAAUGCCCUUCCAACAGAUCGAACGAAAGAAUUAUCUUAUAAUGACGCUGAGGUUUGUAGGUACUACAUGGUUCGGUUUUGUCCACACGAUUUGUUCCAUAACACGAAAGCAGAUUUAGGCCCAUGCCCCAACCUUCACGAUGAAGCUGUGCGACAGAAAUACUUGAACGAGGCACCAUCAUAUACAAAGACAAAGUUUGAAGAUGAGUUUCUCAAAUACUGUCGAUCUAUGCUGAAUGAAGUUGAGCGUAAAAUCCAAAAGGGUGAACAAAGACUUGCCCAAUCACAGCUAGCAAAACAAGAAGCUGGUGCUAAUCCUAAAACUAAAGCUGAAGAACAAAUUGCUUUGUUAACUGAUAAGAUAAGUCACCUGGUUAAAGAAGCUGAACGUCUAGGUUUUGAAGGAAACAUUGAACAAGCACAAGGCUUAUUAAAACUUAGUGACCAAUUUAAAAGUGAACGAGAAGCUCUAAAGAAAGGAGAAGGCCUCUCGUUUGCAACUGAAUUGAUGUUAGAAAAGCAAAUGGAAGUCUGCAAAGUAUGUGGAGCUUUUCUAAUUGUUGGUGAUGCUCCAGCUCGCCUUGAUGAUCACAUGCAAGGAAAACAGCAUGUGGGUUACCAAAAAUUGCGAUCGGCAGUAGAUGAAAUCACGGAGAUCGGAAGAGCUCUUAAUGGAUUUUUGAUGCUCGCCCUCCUCUCAUCCCACACACUGUGCGUAUGUGUGUGUGUGUGUGUCUUUCUAUUUGUGACUAUGGUUGUGUGUGUUUUUGUCAACGUCCAAAUGGUCAUAUCCGCUUUCUAAGUCUCUUCCAUCUCAAACAAAAAGAAGGAAGAAAAGGCCCCAUAUAUUAUUAUAAGUUGCUUAAAACGUGCAAACACGAAGCCCAAGUCGCUAGGCAGUCACAAAACAUAGACACACAAACAACCCGAAUGUCGGUUCUAAUCUUAUCGUCAGGGCGACCUCAUCCGCGCCGCAGUAAACGAACAACAACCAAACAAACCACCCAAUGCUAACCCCGAAAAAGAACGGAUGGCGAACGAUGCACUAAUAAAAUUGAAUGAAAAUAAUUAUCCCAGAUUAUAUCUAUUCUCGCAUGCUGAUCCUCCAGUUGUUGUUUCUUUUUUUUUUUCUAUCUUGAAACGUGCCCACAUUUUUUUUUUGUUUUUACAGUUAGAUGAGUUUGAGAUGGUUUUUUUUGUUUUGUUUUGUUGGGAAGACGUCGGUUAGAAAUGGACCCUUUAUUUGCUUUUACGAAAACCACCUACCUUGUUGCUGUGGUUUCGCCCCCCCUUUUUCCCCCUUUGUGUUCUUGGAACAGAAAACAAUUAAAGAACAAUAGUCUUGCAUGGGGGCAAAAAGAAGAGGACUCUAAAAAGUCAAGUGGGCUAUCUCUUUUUUAAAAAUCGAUCCCAAGUGGGAUAUAGCUGAGUAAUAUGGUAGCCGUACUUGAAGAAAUGCUGUCUUCUGCACAUUUUUGUGUGUGUCUUUCUAGUGGGCCCUUGACCUACACGUAGACCAGAAACCGAAGGGAAUAAAUUUGUUUCCACUUUAAUCGUCAUAACUUUCCAGCGAAAAAGAAAAAAAAAUCUGACCUCAUCGUCUGCGAUUGUUUGACGAUUUCUCGUCGUUUAAUAUUCUUUUGCAAAAUAAAAGGGGGGGGGGAUUCUGCUUAUGGAAUUCAUCAGCGUGUUUACCAUAUCUACCCCCAGAGCUACCACAACGGUGCGGUCUCUUUCGUCAUACAGAGGAUUUUCCUCCGCCUUCUCACCUGGCCAUCUCGCAAUAGUGAAAUUUAUUAUUCCCCAUCUUCUUGCGAGAUGCGAACAAGGCCUUACAUACCAAUCCUUCCCUUUCAAUUUUGUGCGUGUGUGUGUGUGCUUUGACAGCGUCUUUGAGAAGGAGAGAAUGAAUACCCUGGUUCUAACUAUCCAUUCGUUUCCCAUCCCGACUGACUGUUUCUUUUUGAUUUUUGAUUGUAAAUUCCGCUUUGCGUUUGAUCGUUAUUCAAAGUGAAGUGUUAUUCUUGUCCCUCCAGUGCAUUCUUGACAAAUGAAGCGAAGCGAACGGACGAACCGGAGAGUCACACUAUUUGCGCCUCUCCACCCGGUUUCUAAUUCUGUCAAACCGCAGACGACGCCACAUCUAUUUUCUCUCGCCUAACUGUUGGCUUCCUCCUCAUUUUCUCAAUUCGUUUUUUCUUUCUUUUCUAAAUGUCAUUCUGGAAGGGGGAAAAAAUCGACUAGCAAAAAGAUCGAAGAGAAAGAAAAAAUGUCGGUUUUUUUUUUGGCAUCCGAAUUAGCCUUGAUUAAGACGGACGAAGAAAAAAAGAAAAAAGGUCGUACAAUGACAGGAGAGAGAGUCGGAAUCCAUGAAAAUGUAGUCACAUUUGGACUCAUUUCAUUAAUUGGGACGGCGACGACAAACUACAUAUUCAGCGACUGGAACAAACAAACAACUUUUUGCCCAUUGGGGUCGGCAGUUUUUGUAUUAUCACGCGUCUUGGAUCAGAAAGCUCUCAUAUUUUCUCUCUCCUUGCAUAGCAGCAACAGCUUUGCCCUCCUCCCCUAUGUUUUGCCUCUUCUUUGAACGUUGCUCCGAGCAGAUUUAAAAAGAAGGAGAAAAGAAGAAGAAGAAGAAGAAAAUGGAAAGGAUUGCAUCACUGCGUGAGCAGAAUAAUAUCAAGCAACCCGAACUUGGUCCUCGGCUAUACCCCUGCGACCGACCCUUGGGCGGUUGGGAAGUCAGGUCCCUGGGAAAACCGGUCCGCACGCAACUGCUCUCCUGUGCGCUGCUUCUUUUGUCUUGCACACAUGCACAAAACAGGAACCACAUAGAGAACGUCGUCUUCCGUCGUCGUUGUUAUUGUUUGUGCAUAUAAAUGCCUUUUUUUUUUUUUUUCUUUUCUUCGUAAUGUGGCCCCCCCACAUGCCGAUCUAUGGCCGACUUGAAUAACGAGCGAAUCAAAAACUUGCGGCUCAGGUUAAGAUUUUUGUUUGUUUUUGUUUAAGGAUAGGCGGGAGGAGGGAACUGAUGGAAAAAAAAAAUUUAAGGAGACAUUUGUGUGUGCCGAGACGACAUUAGAGAGCCUCUUGAAAAGAGAGCAGCGUGAUUCACGAGCCGUCUAUAAAAAUAAUUUUUAAAAACGUCGCAUUUGCGGAUGCCCAGUCACGUUUUUUUGUUAUUCUCUUUUUCUUUCUAUAUUAUCAUCAUCAUUCCUGUUUUUUUAAUGUUUGGCUCGCUUUGCCACAGUUCACAAUUUUCAUCUCCCUUUCAUGACCACAGCGAAGCACAGGACCGUGACGUCAUGAAGAUAGCGACACGAUGCCCAGUGCAACGCCCACACGGCCCUGCGCCAAGUGAAAAAAAAAAAGGUCUCCGCCCUUUUUUUUUAUUUGUUGGCUUUUUCCCCUUGUCCCUUUAGGGGAGAGUAGCUAGUUUUAUUUUUCUAACCUCUACACUGGUAUCAGCUGACUGGGCUAUAGAUGUUUGGUUGGGAGUCAGUCAGUCAGCAGAGCUAAGGGUGUGAGGUGUGUGCGCUCUCGCGCUCUCUCUCCUCGCUCCUUUGCGUAUUUCAACAACACACAAACAAAAAACCGUUACACGGUGGGGACAACAAAAAAGAAGUGUGUGUGUGUGUGUGUGCCUUUUGAGUCAGUUGAAGUGCGUGUGUUUUGUUGGUUAUCGCCUCCGUUUCUGUUUUGCUGUCGUGUUGGUUGUGUGUGUGUAUGUCGAUUAGCUUCGCCAUGACGAUGACAUCACCAGUGGAGGCGGCCGCCAAAAUGGGUUGGUUUGGUUCAUUACGACGGAAUCGAAACAAAAGUCUCUGCUCGACUCCGGACAAGUUGAGUCCAACAAAAAAUGGUGCUACUAU